CCUUUUUUUUUUUGGCGUUUUACAACACACAACAAAACAAACUCAAACCCCCCCUUUCUUUCCUUUUUUUUCGUCUCUCUCCUUAAUCAUCAAUCCAGCUAAUUCCAUUCUCUUCUGCAGAUUCCACCUCCAUUAAAGCCUAUUUGGUGAAGAGGAAGCUCCUUAAUGGGUGAUGGACCUAGAACAAUAGAGAUCAUACCAAAUUAUUUUGAUACUUCAGCUUCUGCAGAAUCUCCACUACCCAGAAGUUCAGAUACUUCAGUAUCCGGUGAAGAUUCUCCUCGUACUUCCACAUCUGCCUCUACAUCUCAUCAAGAAAGAAAUUCCGCUUCUUCUAAUACAAGCACCAACCGGCCCAGGUUCGUUCAAAAUCGUUCAUCCACUCGAAAAACACUGAGAACUGCGUCAUUCAUGUUAAGGUUAUUUAGUUUGAAGGGGCUGCGUAAUAUCGCUGGUCUUAAUGGUGAAGAAAAGGUUGAGCUGAGUGCUGUAGCACUAGAAUCUCUUCGAUCAGAACUUGCUGAUUUAGAAGAACGAGAGGCUCAUUUAAAAGCACAGUUGGAACAUCUUGAUGAAAUCUUGCGAUGGGCUCGACUAACAGGAUACUUGUACAUGAGAACCCGAUGGGCAGCAUUACCAGGCGAACUGCCUCCCAUUGAUGAUUGUGAUGUUGAUGAUUGGGUUCCACGCUUUACCGUUCUACAAGGAUCUUGUAUCUUUUUCUACCUGUCUUCUACAGAUUUGAGUCCUCAGGAUUCAGCUGUUAUUUCUGAUAUUGUUGAAGUAGGCCCAUUGGCAUGUUUAGAUCGAGAAGAUGAAGAAACUUGGCACUGCUUUUAUAUUGUGACACGAUAUGGACUUAGGAUCGAAUGUGCUAGUGCUUCCGAAAUACAGGUUGAUUCUUGGUUGAGAGCAUUACGAACUGAAUGCAAGUUUGAAGCUGAUAAACCUGAUUCCAUUUGCAGAUCUGCUUCUAAACUUGCUCGUUCUGUUGUCUCUUCCUCCAAGAACACCACCCGUUUCCUCCCUGAAGGACGAGCAGUGGCUGCUACAGCUGCAGUUUCCUUGAGAGGGAAACUACCUUACUUGGCCUCUUUAGGAGGAGCAAAUGCAUCCAGCACAUGGCUGUCCACUGCGUUGGCCAUCCCUGCUGCAGUUUACAUGCUUCAGGACCAGGAAGCUUACGCUGCUGAGAUGGAGCGUACUUUCAUUGCUAUCAAACCUGACGGAGUUCAGAGAGGGCUGAUCUCAGAAAUCAUCUCUCGAUUUGAGCGUAAGGGCUUCAAGCUUGUUGCAAUCAAAAUAAUAGUACCAUCAAAGGACUUUGCCCAGAAGCAUUAUCAUGAUCUGAAGGAGAGACCCUUCUUCAACGGCUUAUGUGAUUUUCUAAGCUCUGGUCCUGUCGUUGCUAUGGUUUGGGAAGGCGAAGGAGUGAUCAGAUACGGAAGAAAACUCAUUGGAGCCACAGACCCACAAAAAUCAGAACCAGGAACCAUCAGAGGUGAUCUCGCAGUGGUUGUUGGAAGGAAUAUUAUCCAUGGAAGUGAUGGCCCUGAGACCGCUAAGGAUGAAAUCAAUUUAUGGUUCAAGCCCGAGGAAUUGGUCGACUACACAAACAACGCUGAGAAAUGGAUCUAUGGAAACAAUUGAAGACUUAUUACAUCUCGCGGCUUCAUUUAGAUCCCAUAAGUUGGGAAAGAAACAUUUUUACAACAAUAAAGUCAGUCUGAACUCUUGUUUUAGAUCAAUGAGUUCAUUAACAUUAUUUACUCAUUGGAAUAGAUUUCUUGAAAUCUAAUGUAUUUUGGCUCCUUAUUUUUUGUUGAGAAAGUGAGCCUAGAAAUAAGAAUACAUUCUCCUUGUAUUCAUGAUGAUAAAAUCUUUAAAAUCUCCCAAAUUUGUGUUUGGCAAGAA